AUGCUCAGUUUGGUGUGUAUUGCUAGAGAGGUUUUUGUUUUUCUUGGGAGAGUGCAUGUGAGCAGCACAGGGCCAAUCAGCACUGUCCAGACAGAGGUCAGGGGGUCUGCAUUCUUCCAGAGCAGAAAUAAAACAACCUCCUACAAGCUUUAACCAGUGCUCUGCUGGACACUGAUAAAAGUCACAACUGCAGAUGAGAAAAGGUAUUUAGCAGUUUAUAAUUGCUAAAAUAAUUGCAUUUCCGUGUUCUGUGUACUGUAGGAGACCAGAUAUAGUGAAUGCAGGGUCCUGGG